AACUCUAAAUGUUCUCGCAAAAAAAAAAAAGAAUCAAGUGUUGGGAGUCCCCGAACUUUGGUUCUAAACUCUCCACUUGAUUUUGAGCUACACAUAACUGUACAUUAGAAGCUAACUAACACUAUCACGGAGCUGUUUGUAUCUAUCAGAAAUGUGUUUGUUAAACAUUUGUAUUGGUGGGUUAUCCAAGAGAAAUCGUAACCAAAGAAUGGAUAUACAUUCAAUUCAAGCAUCUCUAUGCUAAGGAUUCAACGGACUUGCUAUUUCAGCUUUAAUUUCAAAUAAUGUUAACUUUGUACAUUAAAAGGACAACUAUUAUAGAACUCAACUAAAGAAAUCAAACCAUGAUGGGUUCUACAGCAGAGGAACCUGAUGAGAUGCUGACCAUUUCAAACAACGAAACCAGGAAUUACACUGACGAUGAGGUCUAUAUGCACCUGGAAAAGCUCCAAGAGAAAGCAACUCUUAUCAUGAUUCCGUCCAUGAUUUAUCUAAUCAUACUAAGCAUUGUGGGAUUUAUUGGGAAUUCUUUGGUGAUAUUUGUGUACUCCCAGAAGUUCAAGAGGACGCCAACGAGAAUCUUCAUCUUGUCUAUCGCUAGUUUCGAUUUGAUCACAAAUGUUGUGGCUAUACCUGGUGAAAUUUACGAUAUGUUCCACCUCUGGGACUUUGACAAACCCCACGUCUGCAAGAUACGCCUCUUCUUCAACGCCUUCACCACAAUGGUGGCAGCUAUGGUGCUCGUUGCAGUAGCUGUGACAAGGUACAGGAAAAUUUGCAGGCCUUUCAAAUGGCAGAUUAAUGUCACACACGCUAAAAUUCUUAGCGUUUCAUUAGCUCUGGCCUCACUGCUAUUCUCUAUCCCUUACGCAGUUAUUAAUGGCCGCCAGACCAAGCCGACGCCGACGCCUGGUAUCCAUGGUUACGAAUGCACGAUAGAUGACGCAUAUAGGGACACAAAAUGGCCGCUGAUGAACGCCGCCUUCUUCAUUUUCCUCUUCAUCGUCUGCAGCACGCCACUUAUAGUCCUUUACAUUCUCAUCGGGAUUCAGGCCUGGAAACAUAGGCACAUGCACGGCACCGGUAAGGCCAAGGCCGACAACUCGUCUGAUAAGGAGUCCAGCAGUGAGGUGUCCUCAAAAUCGACAAAAGAAUCCAGAGGGAGUCUUCCUGUCGUCGGCAGCAGGUCAAGGUCUUUUGUCCGGAAGGAUUCUGGGAAUCCCGAAAACGUCGUGAAAAAACAAUCCAAUCCUGAAUCGGGAACUCCCAAAAGCACUAAUCAUGCUAAAUUGGAAGAUAGAAGUAAUAAUAAUAAAGUUAGUAAGAGUCGGUGUGUUAUUGAAAGCGGAGACGUUCGAUCAUCCAAUGAAAGCGGUAACGUGAUUGCUUCUAUGUUUAGAGAACUGACUGUCAAGCUGAAAUCAGCUCCACCAGACGAGCAGGAAAAGAAAUGCCAUCAUAAGACUAGCGUUACUUUUAAUGAGGUCGUGGAGAGUUUCGCGGAGCCCAUCUGCCAAAGAGAGCUUAGCUGCGAAGAAGAUCAACCAAUGUCCACAAAUGAUACAACGGAAUCGCCUAACAGAUCACAAACAGACGUCGAUGAUGAAGAAAAGUCUCUUCAAGAAGCCAGAAGUGACUUUGCCAAGGCCAUGCAGUGGAUAGACUUAACAUACUGCAAACCAACGACCGAAAAUUCUGGUGAUCAGACAGACUUCGACAGCGCCUCGGGCAGCGGACUUCUCUCAAAGAAAAACUCGAUCAUCUCGUUUAGGAAAAUCUCGCGAGAUAACAGCUUUCAGCGGAAGAGCCGUAAGUUCAAGGACGUUGUGAAUGAUACCUUGGUGCGUGCGAGGAAAUCGGCGAAAGAUCGUGAAGCUGCCAAAAACGACAUCCAGAAAGUUGCAAUCCUCGAGGACGUGCACGACGGUGGUAAAUUGUGUGUGGAGGAUGGAGAUAUGGGAGCAGAACAUUUCAAACCAACGCAGGAGGAAUCAAAGAGUUCUGCCAUCUCUGCAGAGGUCACGCCAACAAGUCGCAAAGUCAGCGAGAUUACGAUUCCAGACAAUCGGCGACCUAGCGUGAAAGAGACACGGAGAGCGCGAGGGGUCAGCAGGACCACCGUUAUGCUUAUCAUCAUCAGUUUAAUUUACGUCCUGGGUUUCCUGCCGUACUUGGCGCUGGCAUUCUUCAAGAACUUGGCCCCGGACUCGUACGAAUCAAUGUCCGACUUUGGGGAGAGUCUGUACAAUUUAUUUCUCCGAUCUUAUUUUUUAAACUGUGCUGCCAACCCAAUAAUUUAUAAUCUCUGCGAUAUUAACUUCAGAAAAGAAUGUAUCAAACUCCUAAGGAUCUUUACAAAUUCGAAAUAAUUCAGAAACGUAUUAAGAGACUUUCACUCUCUACUUUACGCUCAAGAAGAGUGGCAAAGCAUAUUAUAGUUCAAGAUGAUCAAGAAUUGGGGAACAGGAAAACGCCAUAAAAUUAUUUUAACAACCACACAAAUAAUUACAUGGUCCCAGAAAUACCAGGAACAUUCGAUAACCUACUUACUUAAAAACAUUAUUAGAAGUAUUAUCAGUUAAACCAUUAGGUAUUUGGAUAUAUCCUUCUACAGCUGCAGAUCCUAUAAUUGCUGAAGAGACCAAUCCAGAGGCACUACUAUGAUGACAAAGAUAAUACAAUAAAACUAUGAUUCUAAAAAGAAGUAGAUUUCUUUUAUUAGGAGUACUGCCCAUCGUCUAGCCAGCACCUUUAUUGAAUGCUUGCCCUCCAUGUGGAUGUAGAAUAUUCUACUUUCUACCAGCUGUAGGAAACAACAACGCUACAUGAGUCCAACUGGACGGUAUUCCUGUGGCUGUUAGCCAGUCUUUGAAAAACAAAUAUGCAGAUAGGUCUCUUGAAGUGCCAGCCGAAGAACUGUCUUUUGUUAGUAAUGUAUAGAUCGAUACUUCCAUACCGACAUUCAGCAGAACAACUUUAUUUGUAGCGUAGACUUGCCAUCUUAUGCUCAUGGUGGAACCCAGCUGCAUUAGGAAGCCCGUCUUACAGUUCUACAAUCGCGCAUGGAAGGAGAUCUAUCCCAUGUGGGGAACGAUCGUAUGCCAAAGGCAUUUAUUUUUACGGGUUCUGCGUAACCAAGAUGUAACCUCAUCCCUGAAAGCCUUCUGAACACCAGUUUUAGUGUCAGCUUGCACUCUCUGAAAGAGACAUCUGAAGAUAUUACAAUGGUUGCGGAACACUCAUUAUAGACUAAAGGUAAAGCUACCGCCGAAGAUAGGCAAAGAUGGACAAAAGUGAACUUGAUUCCUCGAGCAGACAACGCACUAGAUGUACCAAAAUAUGUAUGUCACAUCUCAGUCCAUAGCCAUGGAAAUCCUGCGAUUCUUUCUUAAUCUUCGGACUUGAAGACUUUCGCCUUAUUAUUAUUGUCAUUAUUUCAUGUCAUAUCGAAAAUAUUCAUUGUUCAUUAUCACUAUUUUGUUUAUCAUGAAACUAGAAAGCUAUUGUGGCUGAACUUAUAUGGGGACGUCUUGAAAGUAAUUGAAUUGAUUGCAAGAUUUUUAAAUCGUUUACCAGAGACGAUGAGAAAGAGAAGUCUUUGUGGAAGUUCGGCAGCCAAAACGUUAUUUGGUGUUAUUUAUUGAGAUCGUUUUAUAUUGAAUGUUUGAAUUCUAUGUUUUAAAUCUCGCUGUCAGGUCAUCGCAUUGUAGAUAAACAUUGUAUUUCAGAAA